CCAGACUGAAAAAAAGGGCAGAGAGUGCAGUGGAGCAGGUAGAAAGCAGCCCGGCAGACUCUGAAGCAGACUCUGCGCAUUGACUAGAUGGAGCAGUGAGCAGCACCUGAGCGGCAUCAGGCAUCUGCUACCUGUUGAGUUUAUUGUGGAAGCAGACAGGAGUGACUAAUUCUUCAAGGAGAAGCAUCAAAAGAGCAGUUCUGGACUUUAGACUAAUUGAUUUAAGUGCUGUCCUUGCAGCUUUUUGAAACUUUUUUCUUUUAAGGAAACUGAUUUCUUUGGAUCUUGCACCACUUUGUUGCAUCCUGGAACUUCUUCUCAGUGUAAAAACCAGCAGGAGGGAAAAAAGAGAACUUAACCAUCCAUCUCCAGCGGCUCUUACAGCCCACCCUUUCUGCUUUGGACACCCCUCCUCUCUCUCUUGCUCUCUCUCUUUCUCACUUUCCUCUCCUCUUUUGCCCCCUGUGCCCUCCCUCAGUCACCUCACCUCCCCCCCAACAGAGCAGAAAGCGUGAAAAAUCUCACUAAUGGCUUUAUUUGCUGUCAGUUCUGUGCCUCUCUGUCAUUCCCCUGGACCAUUCUGCUUCACACAUUUCAUAGUUGAGUAAGCCUCCUCGACUGUCUGGCUAGACUUAGCUGUGCCCCUGCAAAGGCUGUGCUGGCUUGGAGCUCAUCAAGAGGGGAGGAAACACAGCAGCACCACUCAGUCUGAGAACUUUGUGGACAAGGACAUUCAGAAACUUCAUUCCUCAUUAGUUUUUUUUUUAGGCUUUAGCAUCUUCAUCUUCUGUCAAAAAACACUUCUGGUCUUCAACUUCUCUGCAAGAUUUUCCUCAGGCGCCUUGGUGCUGAUUUGAAGUGUGAAGAUGAGGUGUGGAUGUGGCCGUCUGGCAGUGGUGGCUGCUGUGUUUUGGACUCAGUGCAUUCUUCUGGACGGGGUGGAAGCCAGGAAGGAGCGAAAGAGGCCAAAAGAGGCCGCGCCGCAACACACAGAGGCUUACAAUGUGACUCUGUCCAACAGUGAGGAGGUCGGCGGAGGCAUCAAGACUUCUGAUCACCAACGGGUGGAUCCACUAGGGUCAUGGAUGGAUUUUGUCAAGCGACCAGUUGGAAACCUCCCCAGAAAGUGCCGCAAACGCAGACCAGCUCUGCCUGGACCACCAGGUCCUCCAGGUCCCCCGGGCCCUCAAGGACCUCCUGGCUUUCCAGGGGCUGAAGUUACCCAGGAAGUUCUUUUGCAGGAGUUCAAAGAGAUGAUUAAAGAGGCUACAGAAAGGAGGGCAGCACUUGACAGGCAAAUAAGCCCCAGCCAGCAACCUACAGUCCUCUUGACACUGGAGGGAAUGGCCUCCCACCGCCGAAUACAAGAAGCUUUCCACUGCAAGCUCAAGGGACCUGUGGUGGUGGACAAGAAGACGCUGGUGGAGCUCCAGAACUUUCAGACACCGCCUGCUAAAGGAGCUUUCCUCAGGGGAAAAGGAAUGGACCAGUCAACAGGGAGGUUCACAGCCCAAAUCACUGGGAUAUACCAGUUUUCUGCUAAUGUCCACAUUGAUCACAAUGAGGUGAAGAGGAGCAAAAGUCAACUUAAAGCCAGAGACAACGUCCGGGUGUUGAUCUGCAUCGAAUCGCUCUGCCACAGAUACACUUCACUUGAAAUGAUUGUUGGAUUAGAAAGCAACAGCAAGAUAUUCACUGUGAGUGUUCAGGGUCUGCUGGAGCUACAGGUUGGCCAAUACACUUCCAUAUAUGUGGAUAACGCAGCUGGUGCUUCCAUUACGAUACAAAGCGGUUCGGAUUUCAUGGGCAUUCUGCUUGGUGAAUAGCCUCACACUGGAAAAGUGCAUCCCCAAGCCAUCCACUGGUGUCUUAUGGUUCUUUGUAUCGUUGAAUGAACUGCCUCUUAAAACCAUGACACAAGACAAAAACCACAAGGGACUUUUGAAGGAAAGAUGAAUGGCUAAUAUUGACUUUACUGCCCAUCAGAUGGUGAAAGGACACUGUGAAGAACUUCAAGGCUGAGUUUGUUUUUCACAAUGCACUGCCACUUCCAUGGGGAACCUGGAUGCAUGCUGCCUCACGUUUGAAAUAACCUGAACAUGAAAUGGAGAUUAUGUUUGCAUCAAUAUAUUCUUAAGGCUUUUUAAGACCUUUGCAGUAAACCAAACAUUAUUCUUGUUCACUGUUGUUGGUGGAAAAGCUAAAGAACAUGAAAUAUCACAGUCAUCUGUUUAAUAUAUAUUGAUAUGUAAUUGUUUUGUCUACAGUAUUUGUCAUUUACACACUUGUGAGAUGGUAUUUUUUUUGGAUUUAAAUUCACAAUUUUAUAUAAAUAUAUGUAUAUUAUAUAGUGCAUAGACUCUGUGAGUACACUGGAUGAUUGAUGCUGGAUAGGCCUCAUAAUUUGGCCUCAUACGGUCAAGAGAAAAACUAAGUACACCCAUAUAAUUCAAUAGCUUGCAGAACCCCAUAUUUCUUGUAAUUGAAAAGCAAGUAGCAGCAAUAAUUCAGUUUUUUUUUUCAUGUAUUGACACUUUGUCUACUCUGCUUUAUAACGUUUCUUCACUCUGUUGAGUUUUGUGGCCAAUCAUUUAUCUCAGUUUUGAUGCUUUGAUCACUUUCUUUUUCAGGACUUCUGUAGUUGCAUGUUAAUGUGUCAGAGAGAUGGUUUUCCAUAUAUAUUUUGGCAUUGAGAAGAGUUCAUGGUCAGAUUAAUGUCUGUGAGGUUCCCAGUUGAUGCAGAAAAAACCCAAAACAUCACACUCCCACUACCAUGUUUACCAGUUUGAGGUGCCAAGACAUUGGCCAUUCCAACACAUGGUAGCUAGCAAGUUUUCUUAGCAAUUUAUCAAUGUUCUCCACUUAGCUUAACAAAGCCUUGUAGAAAUAAAUUCCAAGAUUUAUUUCUUUAAAAAGUUUUUCCUAUGGCAGUGACUUUUUAUAACUUUUUUGCAAUCACAAAAAAUACUCAGAAACUACUGAAAGGAUUAUGAGAUUUGUCUCCAGGCAACAUUUUCAAAAAAUCUUAGUUAGUAAUUAUACAUAUAUUAUGACACUGUGCAUAAUAUACCUCAGAAGACAUACUAUUUAGCGAAUGAUAACUCAUGCUAACACAAUAAACUUUUACAGGGCUUUUGUGUUGGCAAAAUUGUGCUUUACAUUUUCAUCUGGAAGUUAAAAUUUCUGAGUUCCAUAUCAGAAUGAUCAAUACGGUCAUUGGUUUCAUACUAAUUAUGAAAAUCCAAUAUGGCUGCUGUGCAUACAAAAUAUAUUACGGUUCCAAUUGUACAUCACCAAACUGGCUGUCCUCCACUCCAGGGGACACACAGAACAGCGAUAACGAGACACUGCUACUGAAAUGGUGUCACGUUUGUUUAUGUGAAACCGGUCUAUGGGCUGCUGUGGACAGUUUGAAAAAGACACAAUUAAAUGAGGUGAGGCAAUUUACCAGUGAUAAUCCAAAUGAAUUAUCAAAAAAAAAAAAAAAAAUCUGGCGGGUAAUAAUACUUUCUCCAAUGGCUUGCUGUUACGAGCAUUGGUGGUAUUCCUAUGAAAAAGGAGAAGUUUACAAGUGCGCUUAUCAAAUUCAGCUGGAAGACCAGCUAUUUCAACAAAGGAGAAGGAGACUGUGGUGGUGUUUUUAUGCGAGAUUUGGUGGUAAUUUGCUAUCAUUCCAAAGAUUGAAAAAUAACUUUGUUGUUGUUUCCAGCCUUUUUUCUGCCUUGGCCUCCAUUCUAACUUACAUUGUAAAUGUCCAUUGUCCAGUUUUUAGAAAGAGAAGCCUUGCAUGAUUUUUGUUCUUGCCACGUACUGUAGAUGUGUCAUCAUGGCAAUGUCCCCUUAAUUUUUGUUUAAAUGCCAAUAACUUGGAGCAAAACUGAAAUUUUGAAGACCAAUCAGUAAAAAAAAAUCAACAAAAAUUCUUUGACAUCAAAAAGCAGUGUUUCUUGAUUCUUGUUUUAUGUUGCGUUUUAUGUUCCUGUGCAACAAAAAAUGUGUGUCUGCUAACUAUUUCCAACAAAAAAGCAGCAAAAACUUGCCAAAAUUUUUUUUUCUAUGUUGCUAAAUGUUAUCGACAUCAGUUGCUGAUGAUAAUAUUCAUUAAAACAUAAUUUUAUAUUCAA